AUGACUAUUAAAGCUGUAAAUUGCUUAAGAAAUGAAAAAAAUUCUCCCAAGUCAAAUUGUGUCAUUAACAAUUAUUUUAGCGAAUCUUCAAAUUGUUUGGUGGAAUUAAACCUUUCCAUAAACAGAAAAAAUAUUGAGCGCAAUGCGGACAAUAAAUUUAAGAAAUGCGUUAAACAGAUAUCACCGUACCUUGAUGGAAAUAAAUUCCAGGUGCGUUCCAGGAUAACUGAGAAAAAAAUCGUCAAUAAAGAAUCAACAGAAAAUAUGUCAUCAUUAUCCCAAGCUUAUGAAAUUUAUAAAGCCCAUUCAGAUGAAUCUAAAUGCAUAAAAGAAAAGUAUAAAAAAAACAAGAUGCCAUAUUUAACUUCACUUAAUAAACCCACCCCUAUCAUACAAACUGUAAGCGACAUGAAUGAUUCCGAAUAUCAUAAUAGAGUUGAUAAUAACCGCAAAUGUAAGCCAAGAAAACAUCGUUUGUUAAAAAAAUGUUGUAAUACUCAUUUGAAAACCAAUAAAUAUGAAUUUAGUAAUGGAGACAUGCAGAAAUAUUCUAAAAUGACUAGUGAAUCAAGUCAUUUACAUGUAGACAAAGAAGUUACCUGUAAGUCACGCAGAUUUAAACCAAAAAUAAAUGACAAAGAAAAUAUUCGACCAUGCGAUGUGUGGGCCAUGCUAAGAAAUAUGAAUAGAAUCCAAUGCACACACUCUCCGCCUUCAUCAGACGAUAGUAUAGAAACCGUUAAAGGAAAAAAACAUUUAAAGAAUGGAAUCAUAAAACGUAACGAUGCAAGAUUAGUAGAAACGUGUACAACUGAAGAAUUAACUUAUAUAUCUGGCUUUGAUGUUAAUACCAACGCACAAAGUUUUUUUUCACAACCAUCUAGUUUUGAUCGUAUUACAGUAAUAAACAUGAAAGACGAGUCAAAAGAAAGAAUGAAAUGUACCGAAACUGAUGUUUUGGAAACACGGAUUCUCAAAAAAGAGGUAAACAGAAGAGAUAAAAACAUCAGAAGUAAAGCAAAUAAAAUGCUUAGAAAUGUUACCAAAAAUACAAAUACCAAAAAAUUUGGUGAUAUCGGUAAAGAAGAUAAGUACUUACUUGAAAAUAGUUCACGAUAUUCUUUACAUGAAGCAAAUAAAUCUAUGGAUUAUUUACAUAAUGAGCAUAUUAGAUCAGAUACGAUUAAUUUCAAUGAUUACGUAAGUUUGAUAAAUGCGCUUAACAAUAUCGUGAAAAACUACGGUGGCAAAAGAUUAACAACAUGCCUUAACAAUAUAUCCAAAGAUAUGGUUCACAUUGGUACUUCUAGUGAUACAUUUUCUAGAACUUCAGAGAGAUCUAGCAAAGCUGGGUGCAUGCAUAACAACAACGGAAUUUAUUUUAAGAAAAGCAGAUUAGUUAAAACUUCUUUAUCUGCUAAACCUUGUUUAUUAUCAACGGUUGCUUCGUCUAAAGGUGAUGGUGAUUUUACUAAAAAGACCCCAAUCGUAAAGCAAAAAUCACGACCUAUAUCAAUUAUUCCUAACCUAAAGUGUACAGAAAUAAAGAAAAGGUUCAACUGCGUGAAACUUCCAAUUACAGAGUGGACACGAGAUUCAAAAGAGAGCAGCCUCUUUAGGAACCAAUUCAAUAUUAAUGUACCCAAUAUUAAAAGUAAGUGCCAUAUAGAUUAUAAAACUGGCAAUUCUGUUAUAUUUUCAAAUAAAAUCAACUGUCCAAGAUCAGUUAAGAAUUCAAAUACUGAUGAUAAUGUAAGUGCAGCUUAUCCUCAAAGAGGAAAAGUAGCGAAACAGUUGGAAGAUAAAAUGGAUAUAAUUAAUAAAAAAACUUCAACAAAAUCGAUUAAAAGGGAUCAUAUCGACUGCUUAAAUGAAAAUCAUACUAACACAGGAAUUGAAACACCAUUAAGUAUCUCGAAAAAAAAUGCAAAUAUAUGUCAUUACGAGAAAUCACUUUCAUUCAAUAAACCCUCAUUAUCCAUGAAAUAUCCAUGGUCAAAAGUGAAAUGCAUUAGUGAUUUUAUUGAAAAUGUAUUAAAUAAAAUUAUGAGAGGAACAUACUAUACUUAUAAUCCUGAAACGGUGAACCAAAAUUUCGUUUUAGAUGCUGGUGUCUCAAUGAAAACUGAUCCUAAUAAUAAAGCAAAUGCCAAAGGCAUUGCUAAAAAUUCUAUGGAAUUUGUUUCAAAAAAUGUAGAAGACAACUAUAAAUGUUAUAAUAUCAUACCAGGUUUUGGCAAACUUCAAGUCACUACAUCAUCAAAGCUUGAAGUCAAAAUGCUAACCCGUACCAAAAUAUGGAUAUACCAUUGUUUAACAAAUGUGGUCAUACAGUUUGAUAUAAAUAUUCCUACAGUGUCAGAUUCUAUACAAUCCGCAUCACUUAUACCAUGGAUUUUGCCAGUAAUGGCGGCAGACGAAAAGGAAAAUAAGACUACGGUAUACAAAUAUAAAACAAGAAUUAUGAACACUGUACUACCUGCAGAGUUAUGCAGUAUAUUACCCAAAUUGAUACAUCAAAUGACAAAAGAAUUUAAAAAAAUGGCACAUGGGUCGACCUGUGAUGCUACAGAUUUCUCUUUAGUAUCAGUACAUAAUUUGAAAAAAAUUGACAAACCAGAAUCUAUUCAGCGUUUAAUAUUGGAAACGAAAAUACUUGAAGGAGGAAUAUAUUCAAAAAUAUCUCCUAAAAUUAUGCUAAGAACUAAUCGCAGAAAAUUAUUUUAUCUCGAUUUAUGCCAAAAAGAUAAUUUACUGCCAAAAUACUGCUUAAAAAUCAAAGAUUUACUAUCUUUAACUAAUCCUUUGUUUAUUUUUUUAAACACGAACAGUAAUGAAUAUAACGUUCGAAAUAAAACCGAAAACGUUUGUUAUAACAAAGAACUAGUCAACAAUUGCAAGGCUUUGCAGUUAUAUGUACCGCCUAAUAAGAGAUUGGAUUUUACAUCUUAUUCUACUUUAACAUUAACGAAUGAGCGUAUAAAAGAUUUACAGACAUACAUUUAUGGGUUUUUUAAUUUUAUGUCAGUUCCAAACCAAUAUGAAUGUAAAAAGAAACUUGUAACGCCAAAGAACUGGCUUGGAUGUAACAUUUAUGACGAUUUUAGGCAAACGAAUCAUGGAACAAACUGCUUUAUUCAAUAUACGUUUAAUUCACCUUUAAAGUUAAAUUUGUACGCAAAGCGUUACAACGGAAUUUAUAUGAUGAAAGUUAUUGAAUUACCAUCCGAAAAGGAAAAAAUGGAAAAAAUUAUUAAGAAAACUUCUAACAAGCCGUAUAAGAAAUGUAAAUCUAUUACAAACAUAUCUAAAGAAGUUUGUAGCACUUCGAUAAAUAAAAUAACAAAUAUAGAUGAAUUCUUCCUUACUUUCGGAUGCUGUAAGUCCUUGUCCGGUGUUUUAGAUGGAUAUGCAGGAAAAACAGUUUUAUCUCUUAUAACUGAGUUGAAAAGUUGGAUAAAAGAAAUUACUCCAGUACAGGCUUUGCUCAUUCUCUUAUUGGCGAAUAAAAAGGAAACAACAAAUCUGAAACGAUUCCGAUCAAUUUUACUGCAAGGAAUUGCCUUAAAUAGAAUUACUACUGUAACAGAACUUGACAUGGAAAUUGAAGUAUUAGAAAAAGAAAACCUCUGUGUUUCGCGGUACGAAGGGAUGUCUUUUUUACCAAGCACACAAGAAGAUAAUUUUCUGGAAGAGCUUUAUUGGAUUGCAAAGACCACAGCGUCAGAUUAUCAAACUUCAUUCGAUGAAUCCUCAAAAAGGCUACUGAAAUCACUACUAGACAAGAGAAAGAAGCUAAGUCCCUCAUAUCUAAGAGUAAUGGCGCGAUAUGUAGGGUUAGGUUUAUUGAAACAAGGAAAAGAUAAUAAGAAGCAGUAUCACAACAUUUACUUAAAUUAA